AUGUCGCAACAGAAGCAAAAAUCGCUGGAGUCCAAUCCGAACGCCAGGUGGCGCCUGCAAGGACACCAUAGAUCGGCCAUAUCCUGCUUUUUCGGGGAGUUUGUGGCCACUGCACUGUUUGUUUUUGUGGCCUGCAUGGGAUGUGUGGAAUCGCCAGCCUUUCCGAACUCCCACUUUCGCAGUGGUUUGACCUUUGGCCUGGCCAUCCUCAUAGCCAUCCAGUGUUUCGGUUCUGUGUCCGGAGCGCAUCUGAAUCCGGCCAUUACCUUGGCUGCCUUUCUUUACGGUGUGAUUGGUUGGAUCAAGGCCAUUGCCUAUUUUGUGGCCCAGGCAGCAGGAGCUUUGAUUGGAUAUGGUCUCCUGGUGGCUGUUCUGCCGCAGAGUUCCAUUAAAGGAGUGGACGAUCCGGCGGGGGCUUGUGUGACAGUGUUGGCAUCGGAUAUCAGUGAGGUGCAAGGUGUCUUCAUCGAGUUCCUCAUCACCUGCUGCCUGGUGAUGGUGGCCUGUUCGGUGUGGGAUCCCCGCAAUGUCAAGCUGCAGGACUCGGUGGCCGUGAGAUUCGGCCUGGCCGUUUCCUGCCUGAUCCUCACAGCGGGUCUUUUUACGGGAGCCAGCAUGAAUCCCACCAGAUCUCUGGGUCCCGCUGUUUGGAACAACUCCUGGGAACAUCAUUGGAUCUACUGGGUGGGUCCUUUGGUGGCCGGUGCUGUGACAUCACUUAUCUAUAGGAUGGCAUUUAAGGGCGAAGAAGAGGUCGAUCUAGGAAAUUCCAACGCCAAGAUCCGCAUGAUCGGAGAGGUUGUCAUACAAUAA